UAGCCGCACUUGAAAAAAAAACUUGAAACACUUACAAAACAACUAGGAAUGUUCUUUUUAUCGGAAUACUUAUUUGCUGUAGUGAUAGUAUAUUUAAGUCACUUUUAUUGAAAGGACGUGCGACACAAUCACACACACUCAAGGCGGCAUCGGUGGAUAUAAACAUUCAAACGUCGUUUUUUCCCGAGACAUACGUUUAGCCCGAGGGCAUAAAAAUCGAGUUUUCGCAUAAUCACCAAGCCUUUAUCUGUGUUUUUUGAAAAAAUACUUGGGAAUGUUCAAUUCACAUGAUAAAUAUUAGAUGUGCAACGUAAGAAGUUGGUCAGAUUAGUGAUUUACGUAGAAUUUAAAGGAAUGGCAAAAGUGUGAUCGCAAUCGACAAUGCGGAACUGCAACUGAUCUGCCCAUCGGCGAUGCUCUUUGGCUUCAAUCUGAUCCACCGGGCGCUCUUCGUACGGUACAAUCUCAACAACACCCGCACCAUACUGAUAGGCAUCGCCAUUCUGAGCAUCGGAAUCUCAGCGAGUGGUAUCGUCGAAAUGUACAUCAAGGAUAGUGGCUCAUACUUAACGAUUGUGCUCCUGUAUAGCGUGAUAGGAGGUUACGGGUACCACUUGGUAUUCUCCAAAAUGUGGAAGAUUCUGGACAAGAUCUUCAACGCCAAGAAGGAGAUGUUCGUUAUAAAGUUUCUUCACUCUUUCGGUCAGUCUAUCUCAUCGCUCUUCUUAUUGACAGUGAUUCAUUGGCCCUGGGAAGACUUCGUGUACGGUGCCUUACUGGUCAUGUUUGGAGGAAUUCUGUUGAAUUUGAUUCCACUCACGAUUCUUAUUGAAAACGAAAAGAAUUUUCUUAAACUUGAUCAGGAUUCUCUCGUGAAAAUAACCGAGAAGGGAAAUGAAUCGUUUUAUAAUGACGUUGCAAAAAAUUAUACUGGAACCCAAGAGGAUGUCGAUUCGCGGCAGAAACGACCUGUCGAAGCAGAACAGAUACCAAUGAUGAGUUGGAAGAAUCCAGCCAAUUACAGUAAAGAGGAUAACUUACAGCUCACAAAACCAAUGGAGGGUGAAUAUGACGAGGAAACAUUUGCCAGAGAUGGAAAGUACUUCAAUUCGGAUGGAGUAGAAAUUCUAGAAAUUAUCGUCGAGGAAGAUGAUGAAAAUAUUGCACAAUAUGAGGCGGCAACCUCACACGUACCCCAGGUAGAAGUCAGCAAAGAUUCACAAUGGCUGAAAAUAAAUCAAAUUUUCACGUCCAUCGCGAAGAUCUACAAUAAUAUUCAUUUGGUACAACAUAUUAACACCAGAAUAAUCAAAUCUGUCCGUUUCGCAUUUACCGAGCCAAAAUUCUACAGCUGUUUGCUGUUCAAGUCUACGGACUUGUGUGUUUUUGUAUUAUUCCUGACAAUAUUGGCUAAAUUUAUGUCCUUUCACUACUACCAUCGGGCCAAAUCAAGACAAAUGUUGCUACUUUCAUACGUGACCAUCUCGUCGUCGUGGACCGUCUGCUCAUUGCUGUUGCUUUGGUGUGACAUCAGGUUUCGGAAGCAGCACGACAAGUUGCUUAUCUUCAGUAUUCUCUUCAAAGCGUUUGGGUAUUUUUGUGUGUACUCCACCAAAUCCAGCUUUUGGACGGUGACGGGAUGCGUGCUGAUAGGCGUGAGCCAUGCGAUCGCUUGUUCGUAUCAAGAUCUAGUUAUUAAGCAAAAGUUCAGCGCCCGUCAGUGGAAUCUGGUCAAGGGAGCGCUCUGUUUCGUGGGUGGAAUGCUUAUAGUAGUGCUCGCUAGUCUAGUAAACGUAGCGUAUGUUUAUUGUAGGAUAGACAAUGUGCUGCUAGUGUUACUGUUGGUGUACUGCAUUAGUGGCAGUACUUGGAUUACAUUCAAUUAUAGGAUAGUUCUGAGGUAGGAAUAAAG